CAGCAGGUCAAUUUGACCAUCUGACACUCGGGUUCAUUCAGUUCGACAUUUUGCCGCGUCUGGAAGAAUAAUUCUCAGUUCCAUAAGUGAAGUGACGCGUGAUAUACCCUCUCACUUUUCCGGUCCCUCGCCAGGAUGGCCAGUUGCGCUGAAUCGGAAAGCGAAUGUUUCUGAUCCGUGGUCGCGCUAGUCCAGACACUUGAUACAUCCCUUGGCUGGCAUUUGCGAUCCUGAAAUAAUGCUCACAUACACGAGGUCCAAGAGUUGGAUUAAAUAGCCCGACCGUGCCCUAGACACGGCCACAUACCGACCGCGAGCGGAGAAGAAACACAACAUUCCUCAGGCUCUACUUAAUGGCUCGUGUCUCCCCACGAUAACGAGCAGAAUAUCUGCUCCCUGACGUCUUCCAAAAUUACACCAAAUCUCUCAUUAUCCACCAGUCAUGCGUGUGGUUGCCAUUGUCACCGCGCUCGUCUCCCUUGGUACCCUGGCAGCCGCCCAGGCUGUCCGGCGCGGAGGGCCCGAUGAGUUCACUGCCCUCGGCUGCCCCGACACCACCAAGCCGGAGGCCUCCCAGGCCGAACAGCUGGCCGCCUGGGACGACUUCACCAAUCUGCUCUAUACCGAGAAGCGCCUCACAGACGCCUUCACGAAAUAUGUCGCGACUGGUUACAUCAAUCAUUCGCCUCUGGUGACUGGGAAUGGCAUCGACACUACUCUGGGCGAGUUGUCCGCUAUCGUCCCCAAUGUGGAAUCUCAGCUACAGCGUGCGUUUGUCGGAUGGGAUAAGAACGGCACUGCAUAUGGAACUGCUCAUACCAAAGUCAUUGGAAAUGCGACCAUGGGGAUCCCCAAUUCGGCCUUGGUGGACAUGAUCCGCAUGGUGGGUACGUGCUUGGUGGAACAUUAUGACGUGCAGCAAGCCGUGGAUGGCACUGCGCCGAAUCCCAUCGCUUUCUUCUAAAGGCCUGAGCUACAUGUAUUGCGUCGGUGAAACCAUUGAGAUUACGAGACUCGACUGCAAAUACAAGUUUCUGUACGAUUAUAUUCAGGGUGGCACAUGUGAAAGAGGACAUUGGGAACGUGGAAGGAAUGUCAUGUAUCAUAGGAUUUUCUACUAAUCUCUGCUCCUACAUCAUAUAUUAUUUGAGAUGUAUCCACUGCAU